CAGAAAUACGCACAGCUAGCGGUGCUCCCGGCUCCGUGGGGCCGCUUUCCCGGCGAGUCCGCGACGGUCGCCGCCCACGGCGAGUGCACUGUAUGGUCACAGUUUCUGUCAUUCAAAGCCUGAGGGCGUGAAGCCUGGACCCAUAUCCAAUCAGAGCGCUCGACUGAGAACUGCCCAAUCAGGCGCGCAGUCGGAGAGGAGGGGGCGGCAUCCGGGAUCUUCGGUGGCCUUGGCCUCUCGCUUCAGCCUGAGCUCGGUUAGGGCGUCACCGCCCUGCUUCCACCCCAGGGAGGCCUCGGUUAUUUUGCCAGAGCUCAGCCUCCAUCGCUCUGUGACCUGCGGGUAUUGGAUGAUUCGUAGCUAAGACUUCGCGACACCCUUGAAGCUGAGAAAUGGUGAGUGUGCGGGGCAGGGCGUCCCAAGGCUGGGGAGGCCUCAUCAGAACCGGCGGCAAAUGGCGGCGGCGGGACGGAGUCUGCGAACGGAGUCCCCGCUGCAGCCGCUCAGCCCUCUGUCUUCAGCCCCCUCCGGUGAGGGACCUGGGCUCCUGUCGGUCCCCUCACGGCUGCUCUGGCCCAGCCUGCAGCCCUCCUUGUGCAGCUCUGCGCCGCAGCCCCGCACCUUCUCCGGGCUGUGGGAUGAGGAGGAGCUCAUCGGGAAGACGCCGGGCGCGGCGUGCGCAGGCACCGCGUGGGAGGAGCUGUGGUCCAGGGGUCCUGUCCCUACUUUACGGAAUGAGAUCGAGGCCCCAUCAAAACAUACAGUUCAUGAACCCUUAACAUUCAGGGAUGUGGCCAUAGAAUUCUCUCCAGAAGAGUGGAAAUGCCUGGACCCUGCCCAGCAGAAUUUGUUUAGAGAUGUGAUGUUGGAGAACUACAGAAACCUGGUCUCCCUGGCUGUGUGUUCUCAUUUCACCCAAGACCAUUGGCCAGUACAGGGCAUAGAAGAUUCAUUCCACAAACUUAUACUGAGAAGAUAUGAGAAAUGUGGACAUGAUAAUUUACAAUUAAGAAAAGGCUGUAAAAGUUUGAAUGAGUGUAAGCUGCAGAAAGGAGGUUAUAAUGAAUUUAAUGAAUGCUUGUCAACUACCCAGAGCAAAAUAUUUCAGUGUAAAGCAAGUGUCAAAGUUGUUAGUAAAUUUUCAAAUUCAAACAAACAUAAGACAAGACAUACUGGAGAGAAACACUUUAAAUGUAAAGAAUGUGGCAAAUCAUUUCGGAAGUUUUCACACCUAACUCAACAUAAGGUAAUUCAUGCUGGAGAGAAACCCUACACUUGUGAAGAAUGUGGCAAAGCCUUUAAAUGGUCUUUAAUAUUUAAUGAACAUAAGAGAAUUCAUACUGGAGAGAAACCUUUUACUUGUGAAGAAUGUGGCAGCAUCUUUACCACAUCCUCACACUUUGCUAAGCAUAAAAUAAUUCAUACUGGAGAGAAACCCUAUAAAUGUGAAGAAUGUGGCAAAGCCUUUAAUAGGUUCACAACCCUUACUAAACAUAAGAGAAUUCAUGCUGGUGAGAAACCCAUCACAUGUGAAGAAUGUAGGAAAAUCUUUACCUCAUCCUCAAACUUUGCAAAACAUAAGCGAAUUCAUACUGGAGAGAAACCCUACAAAUGUGAAGAAUGUGGCAAAGCCUUUAGACGGUCCACAGAUCGGAGUCAACAUAAGAAAAUUCAUAGUACAGAUAAACCCUACAAAUGUAAAGAAUGUGACAAAGCCUUUAAACAAUUCUCACUCCUGAGUCAACAUAAGAAAAUUCAUACUGUAGAUAAACCCUACAAGUGUAAAGAUUGUGACAAAGCCUUUAAACGGUUCUCACACCUGAAUAAACAUAAGAAAAUUCAUACUUGAGAGAAAUCCUACAAAUUUAAAGAAUGUGGCAAACCUUUGGAUGAUCUACAAACCUGAAUGAACAUGAGAAAAUUUAUACUGUAGAGAAACCCUGGAAAUGUGAAGAACAUGACAAAGUUCUUUACCUCAUUCUCAAACCUUGAUAAACAAGAGAAUUCAUACCGGAGAGAAACUGUACAAAUGUGAAGAAUGUGGCAAAGCCUGUGGAUGGUCCACAAACCUGAAUGAGCAGAAGAAAAUUAUUACUGGAGAUAAACCCUGCAAAUGUAAAGAAUGUAGCAAAACCUUUAAACAGCCCUCACCGAUGAAUAAACAUAAGAAAAAUCAUGCUGGAGGGAAGCCCUACACAUGUGGCAGAGUGUGGCAAAGCAUUUCAUUGGUCCUCAGUGCUUAAUAAAUAUAAUUCAUGCUGAAGAGAAACUUCACAUGUGAACAGUGUGGCAAAGCCUUUAAAUGAUCCUCAAUGCUUAAUGAACAUAAGCGAAUUCAUGCUGGAGCAAAAUGCUUCACAUGUGAAGAAUGUGGCACAGUCUUUACCACAUCCUCAAACUUUGUUAAACAUAAGAGAAUUUAUACCAGAGAGAAACCCUACACGUAAAGAAUGUGGCAAAGCCUUUAAUAGGUUCUCAACCCUUACUGUACACAAGAUAAUUCAUUCUGGGGAAAAAAAUGCUACAAAUGUGAAAAACGUGGCAGAGCCUUCAGACCAUCCACAAACCUUUAUGAAAAUUCAUAUUUGAGCAUAGAAGAUUCAUUCCACAAACUUACAUUGAGAAGAUAUGAAAGAUGAAUAUAAGAAAAUUCAUCCUAGAUAUAAAACCAUAGAAAUAAAUGUAAAGGAUGUGACAAAACCUUUAAGCCAUACUCCAGGCUUCUUAAACAUAUGAGAACUCAUACUGGAGGAAAGUCUUACAAAUGUGAAGAAUGUGGCAGUCUUUAAAUCUUCCUCAGUCUUUUCUAAUCAUAAGAUAAUUCACACUGAAGAGAAACUGCAAAUGUGAAAAGUGACAAAGCUUGCAACCACACUCAAUCUAUUCUAAAUAUAAGAGAAAUGAUAUUGGUGAGAAGCCACAAAAAUAUGAAAAAUGUGGCAAAGCCUUCAAAUGCUUGUCACAUCUUACUGUAUAUAUAUAAUUCCUACUGAAGAAAUCCCCUGGAAAUGCAAAAAAUGUGGCAGAAUUUUUACCAAUCCUCAUCUUUUUGCACAUGAUAGCCUUUAUACUCGAGAAAAGUUGUAGAAAUAUAAAAAAUAUACAAAAGUCAUAUCUACUCACAUUUUACUAACUAGCAAUAUUCAUACUUAAUAAAAACAUUAUAAAUGUAAUUUCUAUUGAAAGACUUUUCAGAAAAUAUAGGCCUUUAAAGUGAAGAAGAGUAUUCUUAAGACAGACAAUACAAAUAUAAAGAGGGUUGUAGUACCUGUACUUCUCUCAUGGAUUUUGUUGUACGCAUUUUGUAAUAGGGGAAAACCCUGAAGGAGACUUUCUUUAACAUCAGAAGAUUUAUAUUGGUGAGAAAUCCUACAAAUGUAAUAAAUGUGGAAAAACAUUUGUUCAAAAACUGCAGCUUAAAAAACAGUUUACACUAGAAAAUAUUUUGUGGACACAGUAAAUGUGAAGAAAUAUUUAGUCUAAAAUUAAGAGUAUGUAAACAUCAGAGGAUUUACAGUAGAAUGAACUAAGGAACUAACACUUCAGACACUGCAGUAAAUCAGAGUAUUAAGUAUAAAAAAAAUCCAAAGUUGAACCUGUUAGAGAAUUUCUUUGUAUAUAAGUUGAAAAGAAGAUUUUUGAAGAGAUACUACAUUUAAAGUAUAUUUUUUCACUUGAAAAAGGUAUAGAUUUUUUGAAAAGCAUAUAAUAGUUAAUUCAACUCAAAUUAUUUCAUACUAUUUCAACAUUCCUGUUUAUAUGAAAGCAUGUGAUAAAUUGUUGCUGCAUCAGAGAUAAGAGAGAUUCUUUUUCAUUAGGUGGGCAUUAUUCAUGAAUUUUUACAAUAAAGAGUGAGGACAGAAAUGAAAGAUCCAUGAUGAAAAUCUAGCAGAGAGGCUUUUUUGUAGUUGACAAUAUUGAGUGAUGCAUGAGGUAGGUGUUCAGAGUAAUAUUCUUCUGCAUUAUAGUGAGAGAAAAUCUGUUUCAGUAGUAAAUUGUUUUACCAAUUAUACAGUUAUGUAAUAAAAUACAGUAAAUUUUAAAAUUAUUUUAAGAUUAUGUGGGAACAUAAUUUUUUAACUAAACAAAAUUGUUAACGUGUUGAAAUAAUUGUUGCUUGAAUGAAGUGUCAUUAUGCCACCAACUUAAACCUAUCCCACCUUACUUAAGAGUGUAGGUAAAAGAUGGUAACAAUGGUAACAUAGUUGAAUGACAUUUUUAGUAUUCUCUUUUUCCAGUGGCUUUAAAUAGCAAAUACAUUGAAGAAUAUCAUUCCCA